CUGUCUAUAUGCAAGUACCACGCUCUGUAUACCGUGUAAGUGGCCUGCCUCACCCAAUCUUCGCAUUUGAUCUGCAUCGUCAACAUCUACUCCGUCCAACCAACGCGGCGAUUGGAGACAUCGCCUCGGAAAGUCCAGAGGCAGAAUACUCCAUCCCCGCAGUCCCGAGGCAGGCAUCGCACAUUCAUCAUAGGACCGCAAUUUGAUUCGGAAAUGGGACGCGUUCAGGCCCGGCUGUGUUCUGCUUCGCUAGCGCUGUCGAAAGUGCACAGUGCCUGCGCGCAGUUGCGAUCCUCAUAAAGCCCGCGUCCAUUCCCAGAUCCCACACCGUUGAGCCAUGAUCGACAUCCACAUUCCCUAUCACCCGGGCCCGGGGCUGUUUUCCCCUGUAUACCUGUUAUCGGUUUGCUCUGUCCUUGUGGUGUAUGCCUUAUGGAAGCUGGCCCACAUCAUCGCCGCUCCCUACAGGUCUAGCCUGCGCUACUUACCUGCGCCGCCAUCUUCUAGCUGGUUGUAUGGCAAUCUCAAGGAUAUAUCGGCCGCUGAAGCGCGCUCACUCCAUGAGCGCUGGGUAGAGCAGUACGGAAACACGAUCACUUACAAGGGCUUGUUGAAUGCCAACAUCCUGUAUACCAUCGACACGAGGGCCGUCAAUCAUAUCCUCAGUCAUUCAGUUGACUACUGCAAGCCGGCGCCUGUUCGCUUUGCGUUGUCUCAGUUACUCGGGAAAGGUUUGCUGUUUGUCGAAGGCGACCAGCACCACCAACAGCGUCGCGUCAUGAAUCCAGCCUUCGGUCCAGGUCAGAUCAGAGAGCUUACGGACAUUUUCAUUUUGAAGGCCAACAAGGUGAGACAGAGUCGGGAUCAGACGUACUGA